GCGUUGUACACACGUAGCUCUUUUCGCGAACUGUGCGUAUUAUGAAGGCUUCACUAGCAGUACUCGCCCUUGGUUUGGUUGCUGCCGUUUUGGCAGCACCUGCCGAAUAUGACCCAACCGAGUGGACAGUCAUCCCCGACGAGAACUAUAAUAUGCACUUGGUGAAUAUGAAGGAUGUAGAAUUCGAACUUGAACUUGCACAAAGGGCAGAUUUCGCUGUUAAAUUCUACUUGUAUACAAAGAGCAAUCCAAAAACCUCUCAGGAAUUAGUUACCGGAGAUGAAGAAUCUGUUAAACGUUCGCAUUUCAAUAAGGAUCAUCCAACUAGGAUUUUGUCUCACGGAUGGCGUGGUGACCAAAAUGCUCCAAUGAACCCAAUGGUUCGUGACAAAUACCUCGAUCGUGGCGAUUACAACAUCAUCAUUGUCGAUUGGGGUGCAGGUGCCGGAAGUAUUAACUACAUUAAAGCUGCUGGUAAUACCGUUACUGCUGGUAAAAAGGUGGCCGCCCUCAUCGAUUUCCUUGCCGAAAAGGCUGGUUUGAACACGGAUAAUACCUACUUGAUUGGUCACAGUUUGGGAGGUCACGUAGUCGGUUUGGCUGGCAAGUACACCACUCGUGGAAAGAUCAACACUAUCUUCGGUUUGGAUGCUGCUCUUCCACUCUUCUCCAUUAACGACCCAAGUAAGCGUCUUGCUAAAGGUGACGGCCGAUAUGUUGAGUCCAUUCACACUGAUGGUGGAAUUCUUGGUUUCCUCGACCCAUUGGGUGAUGCUUCCUUCUAUCCUCACUGGGGUAAGGACCAACCUGGCUGCGGUAUUGAUAUCGUCUCUGCUUGCUCACAUUCACGUUCCUACAUCUACUUCGCCGAAUCUUUGGACAACAAAGAUGACUUUGUAUCCGUGAAGUGCCCAGAUUUCACUGAUGUUAAGGAUGAGAAGUGUAGCUUGAAGGGAGCUGAGGCUCGUAUGGGUGGACAACCUUCCAACUAUGGCCGCGGUGUAGAAGGCGUCUAUUACUUGCCAGUUAAUUCUAAGGCCCCAUACGCUACAGGACGUGUUUAAAUAAAUUGCGAUAACUUUGAAAAGUAA